CCUCGAUCGUCUUCCUGCGCUCCUCUUCUAGGGUUUGCUGCUUCCCCUCGCGCCGCCGCCGCUCAGAUGGGAGGCAAGUGCCCGCACCGCAAGGUCAAGAAGCGCCGCCUCUCGCACAAGACGGCUCGCCGCGGCAAGUUCCUCGUCAAGGCUGACGACGCCGUCUACGACGAGCUGGUCAAGCUGGCCGACGCCGGCAAGGACGCCGACGCUACCCAGCUCCCCGUCGACGAGGACCUCCCCGGCAUGGGGCAGUUCUACUGCCUCCACUGCGAUCGUUACUUCGCGAGUGACAGUGUCAAGGAGGAGCACUACCGCUCAAAGCGCCACAAGAAAAGGAUCAAACAAAUGUCAGGGCCAGCCCCACAUACCCAACUUGAUGCGGACCUUGCUGCUGGAAUGGGAAUGCCUGAUAAUGGCCUGAAGCUCAUGUCCAUGUGAACCUCCUCCUAUUCCUAGUUUUUACUAUGUUUUUGUCACUGCCGUACGUGUGUACUUGCAUGCUCUGCUUAGUAGUUAAUGGGGCUGAGUGUCUGUUGGUCCAAGAAUUACUCUGUUUUAAGAAGCCGGGGGUUACUCUGCUUUGCCUGCCUCA